UUUUCACUGAAUGUUCACUAGAUGAGUGUGAGCUUCAGUGGCAUUAUCAAGAGAAUUCAAACAGCUUAAAAUAAUACCUGAUCGAAAUGUCGAUCAGCAUGUGGGUUUUUAUAGUGAUUUUCAUCAGUAUGGAGGAUCUUGUGAAUGGUGAGUGGGAUGAGUUAAAGACUGUGAUGGAGGGAGACGUUCUCACUCUACAAACCAGAGAUACUGAGAGUCUCCAUGAAGCAACAUGGCUAUAUAAAAGGGGUGAUCAAACUCUUCGUAUCGCACAGAUGUAUCAGGGUUUUGAACCCUUUUAUGAGGAGAAACUAACUGGCAGAGUGAAAAUGAACCCAAAGACUGGAGCACUGACUAUCUGGAACAUCAGCACCAGUGAUUCUGGACUUUAUGAAGUUUCUCUUCACAAUGGAUUAAUCUCAGAGAAAAAGGUCAGAGUGGAUGUUUAUGGGCCUGUUUCUGUACCUGUCAUCAGGUCUCCAGUUGGUGCAAACCAAACUCAAGAACUAGAUAUGUCCACUAUAGGUUUAUCAAAGUGGCCACAGAAGAUGGAGGAGUUCUGCUCUGUGUUCUGCUCUGUGAAAAAUGAUCGAGGUGUGCUCAUCUCAUGGUAUAAAGGGAGUGAAAUGCUGGAUCAGACCAGCAAUCCUGAUUUCAAUGUCACCCUUAGUUUACCAUUACAGCUUCAUUAUAAUGAUUCAGAGACCUACAGCUGCAUGGCUGUGAAUCCAGUGAGUAAUAAGAGCGUCCGCCUUCACAUGAAAAGGAUCUGCCAACAACAUGAAGAUUGUCCAGAUCAUUGUGGCAUCACUGAGGCUCUGAUUCGGCUGGUUCUGUCUGGUCUGGUGGGAAUCGCCGCAGUUGUAUUUCUGGCUGAGCAUCUGAGGUUCAGCUUAUAUCAGAGAAAUGCUACUGCUUCUGCAUAGUGACUUGCAUGAGAUGUCACAAUGGUCUUUAAGUGGAAUCCUCAGCCCUUGUUGUCUUGUGAGGCCUCACAUUGUCUUGUAUUUCCAUUUUCUUCAUCAUGCUUUUUUAGGUUCAGGUCCUUCUUUGAGCGCUGGUUGUUAUUGGCCAUUGAACACUUUGUCUCAUCCACCAUCUCUAAGGAUUCUGUGGCUGGUUUACUUGCUGAUUGUAGGGGGGGGAAAGUAUUUUUCAGGGCUAUUAGGUUUUAAGAUAUGGAUAUAAAACAAUAUAUUUACUUCUAUAGCCACUUUUUUUUUUUACAAAAAUCUGUCUGACAAAGUAAAAAUUAGAAAAACCUAAUUUUUUUUCUUAUGUGCAUCAAAAGUUUCUUUAAAAUAUCUGAUAAUUUGACAAAUCAAGAUUAGUCCAGGUAUUAAGAUGUCCAAAAGAAACGCCAUAAUAUUUGUUUAUGAUACAAAACCCAGAGUCAUCUACUUUACUGACCUCCA